CCUCCACACUUGGGUCUCCCCCCUGUCCAUGUAAGUGCUUUUUUCAUGAGGGAGUUUGCAGGAGCCAUGUACUGGCAGCUCUGGAGGGAGGGUCUCUGAGUGUGAGCAGAGUUUUUAUGUCUCUGCUUUCAUUCAGUGGAUGCUCAGUGGCCCUCGAACAGCUUGGAUUUAACUGUUGACCGGCUGGCUAACAGGUGGCGCUUCAGGGAAACAGUGAGAGCACUGUGUGGAGCACUGCUGCACCCUGAGACACUUAGAGGACUGUUGCAGGAACCAGCAGCAUGUUGAAGAUCCAGCUUCUCCUGGUUCUCUGUGCCGGGAGCGUGGAGGCCUGGUUGUGGUUCUUAAAUCCAGAACCCACCACAGAAAUGCCGACAGAGACGACACCAGCAGAAAUAAUGGCAACAGCAACUGCAACAGCAACAGCAACAGCAGUGACAGGUGCCACCAUGACAACCAGUGGUGCUAAGAAGGAGAAGGAGGUGGAGGAGGAGGAUGACAAUUUGUCUGGGGUUGGGGAAGAAAUCAUCAACGUGGCCACGACGAUCCGUGAGUUUGUCGAGGCGUGGGACGCGACCACGAUCCCCCCCGGGACUACUAACGGAGGCCUGACAGAGAAGGCGGAGAGCGCUAACCCUAACACAACGGAGGAGAGUGGCGUCUCCUUGCUCCAGCUGAUCGGAGAGCCUCCACCAAGUGAGAUCACCAGGGUCUACGGGCCGAGGGGGCAGACUGCCUAUGUCUUCACCGCUGCGGCGGCGGCGGGUCAGCCAGCUCUGGCCCACAUCCCCAACCCUUUCUACCGCCACUUCUCCCUCCUCUUCCACAUCAAGCCCUCCACUUCCGCCGCCUCCGUCCUCUUCUCCAUCACAGAUGGGCGCCAGAAGCUCAUGUACAUUGGUGUCAAGCUCAGCGCAGUGCAGUCCGGCCGUCAGAGGGUGCAGUUCUUCUACACCGAGCCCGACUCUGAGGCCUCGUAUGAAGCGGCCAGCUUCAACGUGCCGAGCAUGGUGGACACCUGGAGUCGCUUCUCGCUGUCUGUGUUUGAGGAGCAGGUGACCUUCUACCAGGGCUGCGACUCUGAGCCACAGGUGGUGAAGUUUGAGCGUUCCCCGGACCCCAUGGAGCUUGACACGGGGGCGGGGAUCUUUGUGGGUCAGGCAGGAGGAGCAGACACUGACAAGUUCCAGGGGGAGAUCGCAGAGCUGAGAGUGGUGGGAAACCCUCGGGCUGCUGAGCGUUUGUGUGACGACGAGGACGACUCUGACGCUGCCUCUGGUGACUUUGGCAGUGGUGAAGGCGAGAGGAGAGAGACGGGACACACUGUGAGGACCACUCCUGCACCUUUCCGUCCAGUACCCGAACCCCCGCUGACGUCCUCACAAGGAACCAGACUCAAGGAAACAGAUGUCAGGUAUCUCCGGCCGUCGGUGGACUACAGCCGGCCUGGGCCACCAGGUUCAAGAGGUCCCAGUGGUUCUAAAGGUGAUAAAGGAGACAUAGGAGAGAAAGGCUCAAAGGGGGACAGAGGCCCUGCAGGGCCAAAGGGAGACUCAGGGUCCAGCUCCGGCUCUGAUGUCUCCGGUCAGGGAGGAGAACGAGGACAGAAGGGUGAAAAAGGUACAAAGGGCAGCUCUGGCUUUGGAUAUCCUGGUAAUAAAGGAGAACGUGGGGUUCAGGGGCCUCCCGGGCCCCCCGGUCCUCCCGGCCCCGCAGCUGAGGUGGUCCGACUCGGGGAUGGCUCUGUUGUGCAGCAGGUGGCUGGACCUCCCGGACCUCCGGGACCGCCAGGAGCGGACGGUGCCGCAGGACCUCCAGGAACUGAUGGGGAGCCUGGCGAUCCAGGAGAGGAUGGAAAAGCUGGUCCUGCUGGGCCAAGAGGUUUCCCAGGAAAUCCAGGAACACCUGGCACCAAGGGCCAAAAGGGCGAGCGUGGAGAGGGUCAACCAGGACCCAGAGGACCCCCAGGUCCACCAGGACCUCCUGGACCAGGCACUGGUGAUCGCCCAACGUUUGUUGACAUGGAGGGCUCAGGAUUCCCAGACCUGGAAAAAAUCCGGGGUCCCCGAGGUCCUCCUGGUCUCCCAGGACCUCCUGGCCCCCCUGGGAUCCCUGGUACUUCAGUGGCGCUGGGACCCAAUGGUCCCGUAGCCUUUGGACCUCCUGGACCACCUGGACAAGACGGAGUCCCCGGUCUACCAGGCCCUCCUGGUCCUCCUGGGGCAGCUGGUCAACCUGGACCCAGAGGAGCGAAGGGUGACUGUGGUGAGCUCGGUCUUCCAGGAGCAGCCGGAGAGAAGCAAAACACUCAAGACUCCAACUUUUUCACCGGCCUGUUCUCUUACUUUACUCCAUCCUCUACGGGUUCUCAGGGUGACCCAGGACAGACGGGUCAACCAGGGCAGACUGGACUCGCAGGGCUUCCAGGUCCCAUGGGACCAAUUGGACCUCCAGGGCCUCCUGGACCGCCAGGGCCACCGUAUCGUGUUGGCUAUAAUGACCAGGAUGGAUAUGAGGUGAUCAAUGGUUUGCCUGGAGUCAGAGGCCCACCUGGACCACAGGGUCCUCCUGGUAUUGCAGGUCUACCUGGGAAGCCAGGUUUGCCAGGGAACCAUGGAGACAAAGGAGCAGAAGGACCAAGAGGACCACCUGGAAUCCCAGGCCUGGAUGGAUUCCCUGGACAGCUGGGUGAAAAAGGAGACAGAGGAGAAAAAGGAGAGACGGGUCUGCCAGGGAGAGACGGUGGACCACCUGGACCUCCAGGGCCUCCUGGACCUCCAGGACAGAUCAUCUACCAGCCGACAGGCGAUUAUAACGACGUUUAUUGGAACGAAGGGUGGCAGGGAGGAGCUGGUGUUCCUGGUCGAGCAGGAUUCCCGGGGCCUGUGGGACCAAAAGGAGAAAAAGGAGAUGCAGGCCCUCCAGGAUAUGCCCCUAAAGGACAGAAAGGAGAGCCUGGUAUCAUCAUGGGGCCUGAUGGGAGGCCGAUGUACCUGGGUGGCCUGGCAGGACAGCCGGGUGAGAUGGGACCUCCUGGCCCUGUAGGACCUCCUGGUUCACUUGGUCCUGCAGGCCAGAAGGGAGAGAUUGGGCUUCCAGGUCGACCGGGUCGGCCGGGGCUGAAUGGUGUCAAAGGAGAGAAAGGAGAUUCAGGCAGUGGAUCUGGAUAUGGAUACCCUGGUCCUCCAGGUCCACCAGGUCCUCCUGGACCUCCUGGAUCUCCUGCUCCUAUCGACAGACUCAGAGGUUAUGAUGAUUACUCCAGAUAUUACCCCGCUGUUAAAGGAGAGAAAGGUGAUCGUGGACCUCCUGGGUUCCUGCAAAUUCCAGGUCUCGGGUCAAACUAUGACAUUUACACUUUAAAGAAUGAGUUGAAAGGUGAACCGGGCAGUCCUGGUUUUAAAGGAGAGAAAGGAGAACCGGGUGGAGGAUACUAUGACCCCCGCUAUGGAGGGAGUGGAGUCGGAGCACCAGGACCACCUGGACCUCCCGGCCCUAAAGGUGACUCCAUCAUUGGCCCACCAGGCAUUCCAGGGCUACCUGGUCCACCAGGAAGAGGCUAUGAUGGGCAACCUGGGCCACCAGGGCCACCUGGACCUCCAGGACCUACUCUAUCUGGAACUCACAGGGGCACACAGACUAUCAGUAUUCCUGGGCCACCGGGACCACCUGGAGUGCCUGGACUGCCUGGACACUCCUCUGGGGUGACAGUGUUGAGGUCUUAUGAUACCAUGACAGCCACAGCUAGAAGACAACCUGAGGGCUCUCUGGUCUACAUUAUAGACCAAACAGACCUCUACUUACGUGUCAGAGAUGGAGUUCGUCAAGUCCAGCUCGGGAGCUAUAUUCCUUUGCCCAGUGAGGAUCGUAAUGAGGUUGCAGCUGUGGAGCCCCCACCAGUCGUCCCCUACUCUCCAGACCACCACUCAAACACUGACCCCCGAAGCCCUCCUAACGGUCACUCGCAGCCUGACGUGCAUCAUCCAACACACACAGGAUCUUCAUACCCAGAGCACCCUGAUCACAGACACCCAACCCACCCUGAUUCCCCACAUCCAAACCAGCCUGACCCGCGAUACCACCCUGACCCCAGAUAUCAGCCGGAUCCGCGGUACCCAGCACCAACAGAUCCAAGGUUUCCAAGUUACGCAGACCGAUUAAACCAACCAGAUGGUAGGUAUUCUGUCUAUACCACCCAGGAACGCCCCAGGUACCCAGUCACCCCUCAGCGAAGACCCCCUCCUCCUGUGCCCCAGACUCCAGUCCACCAUCACACCUCAGGUCCAGGGCUCCACCUGAUCGCCCUGAACAGCCCGCAGACCGGCGCCAUGAGGGGCAUCCGGGGUGCAGACUUCCUGUGCUUCACCCAGGCUCAGGCCAUUGGGAUGAAGGGAACUUUCCGGGCAUUCCUGUCUGCCAGACUCCAGGACCUCCAAAGCAUUGUCCGCAAGGCAGACAGGGACCGUUUGCCAAUCGUCAAUCUGAAGGAUGAGGUUUUGUUUGACAGCUGGGACGCCAUCUUUAAUGACGGCAGAAUGAAGGAUAAUGUGCCAAUCUACUCCUUCGAUGGCAAGAAUGUUCUCAGUGACAGCACAUGGCCAGAGAAGAUGAUGUGGCACGGGUCGACCAACGCUGGCCAGCAGCACAUUGACGGAUACUGUGAGACGUGGCGUGUGGGCGACCGGGCGCUGACCGGCAUGGCGUCGUCGCUGCAGAGCGGCAGUCUGCUCCAGCAGAGCUCCAGCAGCUGCUCCAGCUCCUACGUCGUGCUGUGCAUCGAGAACAGCUAUGUCGGCCAGUCUAAGAGAUAGACACACACACACACACACACACACACAACACUGGACAAAGUCCAAAAGUGGUCGGCCAGGCUUUUGUCCACACACACUUUUAUCUAUCUUUGCACCGUACGUGGUGCUUUGUAAAUACAUUUUUUUUCUAAUUAAUAUUUAGUUAAUGUUUGUUAUCCCCUCUUUAUAUGGUGCUAUACAGGAUUAUCCCACAUGUUGAACCUAAGUUAAGCUCAGGUGACAGUAACACACCCUCUGGUAAGGCGACAGUGUCCUUAAAAGCCGACCGAGUUUCCAAAGGCGCAGCUUUGUUGACAUUUCUCUGGUGUUUGUGACUUGUCAGCUCGUAUGUUGAUACAGAUAUUGAAACUGAUGCUAGUUGGUGAAGCCAAGUGUUUAUUUGCCCAGGGGCUGAGAUGCUGUAUGUGUCUCAGAUUUCUGCUCUGACCCCAGUAAAAUGGAGGUGAAUUGAUUUUUGUCUGCGGUUUUCAGACAGCACUGAAAAUUCAUUUUAUAGAAUUAAAUGUGCCUUUCUCCAGCGUCUUGGUUACUCUGGAUAAUUAACAGGACACACAUACUGAUAAACUGUUUUCAGCAGAUUCUGGAUUCCCAGUUGUGUAUUACUGUUACAUUCGACUUAGAGAGUCAAAUAUCCAACAACUUUGAACAUGGUAUAACAAAACUUGUGGCUUCUUUGAAGGUAUUUCUAAUAUCCUCAAAGACUCCUCUAACAAUCUGGAUGAAAAGAUGUUCUGUUGAUGCACAGUAAAAAUGUAUUUUUAACCAGUCUCCCAGCUCCUUUCUUAAUCAAAGAUAAAGUUCAACAUAGAUUGCAGCUGAAGGAGGAAAUUACAUGUGUUCUUGCUCAGUUAUAUUUGUCCAAACAGAUAUAUUUUACUUGACAUUUUCUGACAGAAAUUCAGAAUUUUAAACACUAUCCUUUGUGUUGAACUGCCAUCAGCAGCCAUUUUCCCAUCCAGAGGAAGAAUCUUUGAGGAUAUUUGGACAUUUUCUUUUCUAAAACACUUCUGUUAAAUGACUCUCUGGGUGUUUAAAGGUAGAGAAGUUUAUAGUCUGUGACUGUAAUAUAAUGGUGGUACAUGCGAGGCAAUUAGAUUUAUCUCAGAGAGGGAUACACCACUGUGAUCGUACAUAGAACUGUGGAUUGAGAAAUGCACAUAGAUUUUCCAUGUUUCCUUGUCUUUUCUGUCUGUGUUUAACCAAAAAACUGUGUCAUGAAAAUAUAAACAUGCCAAAUUUACAGCUCAAGCUCCUGGAAAACAGUGUUAAUAAUCAUUUAAACCAGGUUUCCUGUGUCUUAAAUACCACAUUUACUUUUUAUAUGCAGUAUAAUAUCCAGUGCUGGGGAGGAAAAUGCAGUGAUUGAAAUACUCAGAUGAUUAUAAAGUUGUUCAUCUAUAACGGUGCAGUCAUCUACACAUUUCACGUCCAAGAGUGAGAUAAACUUUGUUUAUGAAAUGUAUGUUUUUCAAAAAUUCUUUUCUUUUCCACUGAUGUUAUCUGUAACCCGCAGCACUUGAGUUAUAGCCUUUUCAAUUUGCUACUGUCUUACAAGGGAAGAUAUUUUCAAAUCAUAUUUUUUAGCAAUAACAAAGGGAUAUUUAUUUUUUCUAGUUCAACUAUAAUGUGUGAUGUGAAUGCUUUCACUGAGAAUAUUAACAUUUCCAAAUAUAUGCAGCAAAUGUGCCAAACCAACACAAAGAUGUUUAAAUAUGUUGUAAUCCUGAAAAAUUGAGGGACGAGUUUCCGGCUGAUACAGUUUGUGCACAUAGUAAGCCAACAAAUAACAUUUCUGUACAGAUAUCAGGAAAGGAUUCAGCCAUAAAUGUUUUAUGCACUGUUGCUUGUUAAUUGUUUUGCUUUUUAUUCGAGAGCAGUACAGUAAAUGCACCGCAGCUCGCUUACUGGUGUCUCCAGUGAAGAGGAUCCAAACACUGGGGUGUUAUUCAAUUUCAGUUUCUAGAGGCUAGAAUAACAUUUUCAUGUUCUAACAGAGCCAUAACUAAUGCAGUCAGAUGUGUAUUAACUCCUGCAGAUUGUACUCUGUCUACUUUGUUAUGUGAGCAACAUUUCUGAAAUGCUGCAUGUCACUGAAUAAAUCUGUGUGGAAAUUGUGA